AGAAUAAUAAGGGCAUUGUUUGGUUGCGAAGCGAGCGUGUGAAACCGAAGCGUGGGUCGCGAGACCCCAGAAUUCGAAUGAGUGGGAGAAUGAAGAACAACGUGAUUGGUCCGCGUAUGAGCGGAGCGUACGGAGUCUGCGCGUGAGAAUCAAAAGAUUUGUGAGACUAAAAGUCGAACGGAAUAGAAUUAAGGGAGAACAUUGUUGUCAGCCGAAGAGUCAAGAUCCAUAUUUUCGUCAAUAUAUUCAUCAAACAUUUAAAUCUUUGUCUUGAGUUAUUGAAGAGAAAUUCGCAAGGCGAGUUUCAACUCCUUAUCAAUCGAACCCACCCAAAACUAAAUCAUUCGAAAUAAUAGUUACUAUAAUUCCCGCUCGGAGCGUUACAACAUGCUGCUGCUGCUGCUGCUAGUCUCCCCCCUGAUGGCAGCUGAGUUCAGAUUUCAGUGAUCGCAACCGUCGUCCGUCGUCGUCGCAAUAAGUCGCAACGGGCGCAACGCUCUGGUGGCUCGCGGGGAGAGAGAGAGAGAGAGCUGGCGCUUCGAUUCGAGCGUGAAAGAACAUCGUCUAGGCCGUUUCGGAAUGAUUGCCAACAUUCGUGGUUUCGAAUCAAUGUGGAAAAGUCAAACAAAUGGAUAAACAAAUGGAGAAAAUGGAGCAAUUGCAAAUCGCACUGACAGCGAUAAAAGUUUUACGAUCGAGCGUUGGUCAAGUCUUUGAUUCAUUGGGUAAUGGAUUGGGCGCCGAACAUGGCGAAGAGAAUCGAGAAAUCAAAUAUUUGGCUGAGCUUCAAGAUCUCCUGACUGUAGUUAAUGGCAAUUUGAGAGACGUCGAGCAAGCCGUCAACAGUUUGAAUCCACCUCCGGGACCUUUCAAUUUAGCUAGUACAAGUUACUUGUCUCAGGAAACCACUCAGGACAGACAAGCGCUCUAUGGCAGUCUUGUUAAUAGUUACAAAUGGACGGACAAAGUUCACGAAUACAGCAAUACGGCUCAGGCUUUGCUCAAUCAAAAUUCUCUCAAACGUUCCUAUACCAAUACCAGCAGAUCAAAGCGAGGCAGAAUUCAAACUAGUAGUCACAACGUUCCACCUCAACAAGUUGAUGCGUUUCUUGCUGCAUUCGAUCGUCAAUUUUCCGACAUGACGGUAUCGGUGUCACGCCCGUUCGCAUCAAACGCCGUUCUCAAUAUCACAUUGGGGCACGUAAUGAAGGCCGUUGUCGCUUUUAAAGGCCUCAUGAUUGAAAGAGUAGUGGUCAAGGGGUACGGCGAAACGAUGGAUUUGUGGAAUGAAUCGCGUCACAAAGUCUUUCGCAAAGUAACCGAAAAUGCUCAAGCUGCGAUGCUACAUUUUUAUUCACCGGCGUUACCAGAACUUUCCGUAAGAUCUUUCGUGAUGUGGUUCCACAGCUUUAAUCAAUUAUUCAGCGAUCCGUGUAAAAGAUGCGGACUUCAUCUUCACAGUGCUCUUCCUCCAACUUGGCGAGAAUUCCGUACUCUUGAACCCUUUCAUCAGGAGUGCAAACCUUGAAACGAUCAAUCAAUAUGUUGAUCUCUUAAUUUUUUUUCACUCAUUUUUGUACAUAAUAAGGAAUCCCGAUGAUUCCGCUAAUUAAGCGUCAGUGUCAACUACUAUUUUUCAGUUACUUGAAAGGCGAAAAAAAAAGAUUUUAUAGCAAAAAAUGAA